AUGCCUGCCUCAACCUCGACCGUCACGACCUCCAACAUCCCUAAAAAUGAGAAGACAGCACGGUUACGCAGCUCCCCUGACACCGAGACCGCCCCGCCCCUUGAGGUCAAGGAACAUGAUUUCUUCUGGACGUAUACGGAGGAGCCGCACCGGACGCGGCGAAUGGCUAUCAUUAAAGCACAUCCUGAAGUAACUAAGCUCUGCGGGCCAGAGCCCCUCACAAAAUACCUCGUCCUGCUCGUCGUCACCAUCCAAGUGCUCGCCGCCUACAACCUACAAAACACGCCCUUCUGGUCCCUGCGCUUCUGGAGCACCGCAUACAUCAUCGGCGCAACGGCAAACCAGAAUCUGUUUCUCGCCAUCCAUGAGAUUAGCCAUAACCUGGCGUUCAGGAAGGCGGAGCUGAAUCGAGCGCUUGCUGUGUUUGCCAAUCUGCCGAUUGGGAUUCCGUAUUCUGCGAGUUUUAGGCCCUACCACCUCACGCACCACAAAUCCCUCGGCGUCGACGGGCUCGACACCGACCUCCCCACACGCUUCGAAGCCGUGUUCUUGGACUCCUUGCUAGGAAAAGCAUUCUUCUGCACCUUCCAGAUCCUCUUCUACGCCCUCCGCCCCGUCUUCGUAUACAAAGUGCCUUUCACAUCUAUCCACUUCGCCAAUAUAUUCGCCCAGGGCCUCUUCGAUGUCAUCCUUGUGCGCUAUACCUCGCUCCACUCUCUGUGGUAUCUUAUACUCUCGAGUUUCCUGGCCGGCAGUCUGCAUCCAUGUGCGGGACAUUUUAUCGCCGAGCACUAUAUCUUCACGCCCUUGCCCUCCUCCGCCAAAGAUCCCUUGACAAACACGUCUAUUCCGGAGACGUUCUCCUACUACGGGGUUCUCAAUUAUCUUACGUAUAAUGUGGGCUUGCAUAAUGAACAUCACGAUUUCCCUGCCGUGCCGUGGAGCAGGCUGUGGGAGGUGAACAGGGUGGCGAAUGAGUUUUAUCGAGAUUUGCCACGGCAUCGGAGCUGGGUGGGGGUUAUUUGGAGUUUUGUGAUGGAUGAGAAGGUGGGGAUGACCUGUAGGGUUAAAAGGAAGGAGGGGGGACGGAUUGUGGGAAGUGGGAGUAAGUGGAGUCAGGCUGAGGUGGAGGCUUGA